UAUGUCGAGACGAUCAAUAAUAUUCUCAUUUCGAUCGACUGCUAUAUGAUCCACACAGAUUACCAAUUAUAAUUUAUUCACCUAAAAUCUCCAGCACUAUUAUGAGUAACGUUAUAACCUUGCAUUUACCAUGACGCAUUACAUGAAGUCGUCCAAAAAGACUUUCUCUCGGAAUAUUAACGAUUAUAUUAUUCGCCCUCUGCUCAGACAGCGAGAAACUGGAGAAUUAUGUGACGUUUGUAUUAAAUUAAAUGGACAAUCAUUCCAAGCUCACAAAGCCAUUUUAGCACUAUGGAGUCCUUACUUUCUUUCUAUGUUUACCUGUGAUAUGAGAGAAAAGUUAUCAGGAGAUGUCGAUCUUAGUGAGUCGAUGAUUUUGGACAACGAUUCUGUUUUUUCGGUGGUUCUUGAUUAUAUGUACACAGGCUCAAUCAAUAUAUCAACAAGUAAUAUCGAAGAUGUUGUCAGAAUCUCUGAUUUUCUUUUGUUAGAUGAUAUUAAAGAAUACUGCAAGCAAUUCUUUCUCGAACUCGGAAACCUCGAUCUGACCAACUGUCUACGCGUUCGAUUUCUAGCCGAGGAUUUUAAUUUAAAGGAAGUUGGUGAAUGUGCUCAAAAAAUUAUAGAAUCAAGAUUCCACGAUUAUUUCUUAUACCACGAUGAAAUUCUCGAGAUUCAGGUCAAUUCGAUAUUUAAACUUUUAGAUGAUGCCCGUGUAGUCCAACAUGUGAGUUAUAAUGAAUUAAAACGUCUUGUACAAGCGUGGGUUGAUUAUGAUAGAUCAUCGAGACAAGGCUACCAAAGUGAUCUGAUAUCUCUGAUACGUUCCUGGGUGUCGGAUUACUCAAACGAUACAGCUCACAUGGGACGUGAACUUUCACGAGGGGAAAUUAUGCGUAGAUCGCUGGAAGAUCAUCAGUUUGGAAGCGGACAUCUUACAGAUAGACGGAAACGCUGUUUAUCCGAAAGCGGGAUGUGUCAAUCAAUGGUAGAAAAGUUAAGUCCAUCAGAAGUAUGCAGUCCAGUUUUAUUCACCGCUGUUUGCAAUCAAGGAUUAAAAUUCGUGAAAAUUUUGGUGUAUAACUUAGUCGAUCAUAAAUGGUAUCAUUAUUCACUGCCAGGAGAAAAAAUUCUCCAUUCCAUUCCAAUGAGACAAACCGUAUGUAAUAUGGUGUGUGAAAACAACAAGCUUUAUCUUUACUUAUGUUCCAGUUUCCCGUAUCCCACGGACAUGAUGAAAAUUAAUAUUCUAGUCGUAGACUUGAUAACAGGGCAACCAACACUGUUCUCGUUUCGAACCGUUGAUUUCUAUAAUCCUUGUUAUCGAACGACGCUGACAAAUUACCGAACAGCGCCACCUGUAAUGGUUCACUGUAAUAAUCAUUUGUAUGUUAUCGGGAAUAAAGAGGGCACUGGUCAUUUAUUCCUCUGUAAUCUCACAAGCCAUCAAUAUACAUGCUUCCAAAUACCAGGGUCAAGAUUCAUCAGCUUGGCUCGCGCUGCAGUCAAGGAGAACCGACACGUCUAUAUAUGGUAUCGUCACAGAACAGGACCAUCUGAAGAAUUUUGUAUUAAGAAGGGUGUCGGCUUUGCCAUCUUUGACACUAAAACUAAGAUCUUUAAUGCAUGGGAGAUCUCCGCCCCAGAAAUCAGUUAUGACGAUUUUGUGAAACCGUUUGUGAUGUGUAUCCGUGACGACACAGUGUUCAUCCAUCACCCAGGCACUCCUGCCCUUGUUCUGGACGAAAUCCGGAGUCGUUGGGUGACGGCUCUGCGUAAAACUGCUGCUAUCCCAGGUUGUGAGACUUCAGGUGCUCAGGCUUACGGAUAUCAGCUUCUCGUACCUACGUCCGAUAGUAUCUUCGUUUUAAAUAAUGACUUACCGUACACCACAAAAAUGAAUGAAAUUUCUGAAAGAUACCCACAGGCAUUGUCACAUAUACCUCCCCCUAUUGACAAUAUCUCGGUGGUAACUCAUGGCAACCUUCCGAAAUCAACGUUGGCGGUGCUUGAUCAGUGCGAUCAUUAUGAUGAAGCCUACGCCAGCGCCCUCCAUGUAGCAAUGCAAUACUCUGACGGAGAUACUAGUGAUAGCGGUGGAUCUCAUUGUGAAGAACAAGACUCAGAGAAUGAUUUUGAAUAUGACGAUGAUAUUUAUGAUUAUGACUAUGAUUUAGAUAUAGGUUUUGAAUUUUGACUUUAAGUCGUUUAAUGGUAAUUAUGUGUAUUUAGUCAAAUGGUUAUAUGUACGGUAGCGUUCUUACUUUAAGUAAAGUCCUACUUUAUUCAAUUUCAAUAUCGGCAAAUUCAAAGGCAAAAUUGGAAGAUAGAGGUGAGUGAAGAUAGGGGA